CUCGGCGGAUCCCGCACUGGGGAAACCUCCCUGCCCCUCAGCCGGCCUCCCGCACCCACGGGCCGCCGGUUCCCGGUCCCCCCCCCCCCCGCCGCGCUCCGUACCGUCCCGUUCCCCCGGCGCCAUCGCGGCUCCGUCUCUUCAGCGCCCGGCCCUUCCCGCCUUUUCCCGCGCCGCCUCUCAUUGGCCGCCCCGCGGCCCAGGCGGACGCCGAUUGGCCGGCGCUGAUGCCCGUCGCCCGCCGAGGCUCCGCCCGCCAUGCUUUCCUCAGGGCGGUGAGGGGCGGCCGCGGGUCCCGUUUCCCCCUCGCCGGGCUCCGGCCGGUCCCGGGCCCCCAGUCCGGCGGUGGGACCCCCGGGGUUGGGGGUGUCGCAGACCGGUGUAGGCCCUCAGCAGCGGCAGCAGAGCCAGGGUGGGUAUGUCACGAAAGGAGCGCAACGGCCCCGAGCCGGAGCCGGGCGACAGCCCCUUCUUCACAGGGUUGGGCAGGGACGAGCCCCCCAGCGAGGAGCCCGACAGGACGGAGGCGCUGCCUGCACCCCCCUGCCCCAGCGCGGUGCCGGCGCUGGACAACCAAGCCUCCCGGUACUUCGCUUCGCUGGAUGCCAGCGUCGGGGGCCUGCAGCAGCGGGCGCAGCAGCUGAUCGACCGGGUGAACGACAGCCGCAAAGAGGACCACAGCGUGAUGAGCAGCUUCAGGGAGAGCCUGCUGCUGAAGGUCUCUGGCCUGGCGGAGCAGCUGGAGGAACGGCUCUUCCACCUCUACGGACUCCACAACGAGCUGAUCCAGGAGCGGCUGCAGGAGCUGGCGGAGGUGAUGGAGCGGGUGGGACAGGCUGAGGCCGAGCUCCAGCAGGUCUGCCGCACCGUGGAGGCGGCAUACCGUGACCUCUGCCUGCAGCCCGAGACCUGAGCAGAGCCCUAAAUCUACAAGGGCCCUCCCCAAACUCACGGGAGCCCCCGCAGCACCCUGCCUCCCCGAGCAGGGCGUGCAUCACACACUGCCGCUGCGCCAGUGCGGCUGCGAGCUGGAAAAGGGGAUGUUGGCCCAAAAAGGGUGUUUCUGUUGCUGUUGGUGUUCAGGUUUAGCAUGAAUAAAAAGAGCGAAAAAACCCCAAA